AUGACGAAGGAGACUAUAAGAGUGGUUUUAUGCGGUGACAAUGGAGUCGGUAAGUCGAGUCUGAUCCUCGCUCUCGUUAAGGAUAGGUUCAUACCAAAUCUGCAGGAUGUUUUACCCACGGUGACAAUACCAAGAGAUUUUUCGUCAAGUCCGUAUUCACCCAAAAAUACCGUUCUGAUAGACACGAGUAAUAAUGACCCGCUCGAGUUGCAGCGACAGCUGAAGAGUGCUGAUGUGAUAUGGCUAGUUUACAGCGGGCACGAAUCAUAUGAGCGGAUUUCAUUGUAUUGGAUGAUGACCUUCCGGUCUCUUGGCUUAAACAUCCCAGUGAUUCUGUGUAAGAACAAAUGUGACGACUGUGGAGAAAAUACCACUGGGCUAGAGGCAGAAGAUACCAAGGUGGAAGAUGAGGAGUUCAUUCCGAUCCUGAUGGAAUUCAAGGAGGUUGAUACAUGCAUUAAGACGAGUGCUAAGACACGGUUCGGCGUGAACCAGGCAUUUUACUUGUGUCAGCGUUCGAUAACCCAUCCGAUCGCUCCGCUGUUUGAUGCAAGAAUUGGCGAGUUAAAACCCUUAGUAGUGACAGCCCUGAAGAGGAUUUUUUUGCUUUGCGAUGAGGACCAGGAUAAUUAUCUAAAUGAUGAGGAAAUAACAGCACUGCAGAAGAAAUGUUUCCAUAGGAAUAUUGAUGCAAACGAGCUAAGUUUUAUAAAACAGACAUUGACAGACAUAUCAGCUCCCUCCCAAGAAUACUCGGAUUGUGAACUGUACGUUCCCGAAAAAGGCAUCACAAGAGAUGGUUUUCUGGUUUUAAACAAGAUUUACGCUGAGAAAGGUAGACACGAAACAACUUGGGGUGUAUUACGCGCUUUCCAGUACACCGAUUCUUUAUCAAUUCAGAAUAAAGUUUUGUAUCCCAAGCUGAAUAUUCCUGACACAUCGAGUAUCGAAUUGAGCCCAAAGGGUUACAGAUUUUUAGUGGAUCUCUUUCUGAGGGUUGACAAGGAUAAUGAUGGUGGAUUGAACAGCAAAGAGCUCCAUUUUCUUUUCAAAUGUACGCCUGGUCUGCCGAAACUGUGGUCUGCCACCAACUUUCCGUUUUCUACCGUCGUGAACAGCCGAGGAUGCAUCACCUUACAAGGCUGGUUAGCGCAAUGGAGCAUGACUACUUUUCUCGAUUAUAGAAUAACCACUGCGUAUUUGGUAUAUUUUGGGUUCCAAGAGGAUGCAAGGCUGGCUUUGCAGAUAACCAAAUCUCGCAAGAUGAGACGAAGAGCAGGAAGACUAUAUCGAUCGCCAGUAACCGACCGCAAGGUUUUCAACUGCUUCAUGAUCGGAAACGCAAAAAGUGGUAAGAGUAUGGUUCUAGAGUCCUUUCUUGGUAGAUCCUUCACUGAGAUAUACUCUCCGACCUUGAAACCACAAAUAGCCGUCAACAGUUUAGAACUUAAGGGAGGAGAGCAGUACUAUUUGAUUCUCCAAGAGUUCGGACAACAGGAGACCUCAGUUCUCGAAAAUAAGGAAAAACUGAAAGAAUGUGAUGUUCUAUGUCUGACUUACGAUUCAAGCGACCCGGAGUCCUUUUCCUAUCUGGCAGAGCUCUUUGACAAGUACGAAUACCUAAACAAUUAUCCCGUCCUAUUCGUAGCCCUCAAAGCAGACCUGGACAAGGUCCAGCAGAGAUGCCACCUCCAGCCUGAUGAAUUUGCUGAGCAGCUACAUGUGAACCACCCGCUGCAUGUGUCUUCCACAUGGUUAAGCUCACUGAAUGAACUUUUCAUGAAGAUCACGGAAGCCUGCCUCUUUCCGGGAAAGCACACUCCCGGCUUCCCGCCAGAAGCUGCUUUGCAAGAAUCCAAUUACAGGCAAACUGCAAUGGUUCUGGGUUCCGCUGCAGGAUUUCUGGCGCUCUUUGCUUUCGGUGUGGCCAAGCUCAUUAGGCCUUCGCGAUACAGUUGA